UGGCAUACGUGACUCCUGUAAGCUGCGGUGUGUUCGGCUGAGCACCCCUUGCACUGUAACCCGCCGGUCACACGGUUAAUGUCAGAGACCAAAGGUGGCCUCCAGGUGGAAGAUCCAACCCGAUUCUUUCUCUUCCUCCUCCUCCUCCUCCUCCUCCUCCUCCUCCUCCUCUUUCCACCUCGGUACACCCGGGUUCAGCACCGUGGACAGCGCCCUGCCUCCACCCGUAAACCACCGCCUUCGGUCGGAUGGUCGAACACGAGUGGGACGGGAAGAAGUCGGCUGCACUCUCAGCACAUGAGAGAAGCAGUUUGGGAGUUUUCCUCCUUUUCUUUCUUUCUUUCUUUCUUUUUUAACAUCCAAGCGACGGAUGUGACAAUAUUGAAGAGUCAAGGAAACGAAGCUGAAACACAAUGAUCUCACGAUAUAAACCGAGUCCCGGUUCCACCAUGUCCUUGGCGUUCUGUGGGAACGAGAAUAACUCGGUGGCCUACAAUGUGGACGGAGGGGUUCUGAACAACGGCUGUUUCCUAGACGCGCUCAAUGUGGUGCCACAUGUCUUUCUCCUUUUCAUCACCUUUCCAAUCCUCUUCAUCGGUUGGGGCAGCCAGAGUUCAAAGGUCCACAUCCACCACAGCACCUGGCUUCACUUUCCUGGUCACAACCUGCGCUGGCUUCUCACCUUUGUCCUGCUCUUCAUCCUCGUCUGCGAGAUUGCGGAGGGCAUCGUAUCUGAUGGAUUCAGCCAAUCUCUCCAUCUUCACCUGUACAUGCCUGCAGGUCUGGCCUUCAUGGCUGGCAUCACUUCUAUUAUCUACUAUCAUAACAUUGAGACCUCCAACUUCCCUAAACUUCUAUUAGCCCUGCUGAUCUACUGGGUGCUGGCCUUUACCAUGAAGACCAUCAAGUUCGCCAAAUACACAGAGCAUGGCAUCGGCCCCAGGCAGCUACGCUACUGCAUCACUGGUCUGCUGGUGCUGCUAUAUGGACUACUACUUGCUGUGGAGAUCAAUGUCAUCCUGGGCAGGCGCUACAUGUGUUUCGCCAACCCCACAGAGGUGAAGCCCCCUGAGGACCUUCAGGACCUCGGGGUUCGUUUCCUGCAGCCUUUCGUUAACCUGUUGUCCAAAGCCACCUACUGGUGGAUGAACACUUUCAUUACCUCCGCCCACAGACGACCCAUCGACCUCAAGGUCAUCGGCAAACUGCCCAUUGCGAUGAGAGCCCUCACAAACUAUAUAAAGUUACGCACAGCCUUCGAAGACCAGAAGAGGCCUCAGGGCACAGCGCCCCAGGGUCCAAAGUGGAUCUGGCAGGCCUUGAGGAAAGCAUUUGGCAGACCUCUCAUCCUCAGCAUCACAUUCCGCUUCCUGGCCGACCUGCUGGGCUUCGCCGGUCCUCUCUGCAUCUCUGGCAUCGUCCACCACAUCAGCAAGGACAACCGCACCAUUCAGCAGCCGAUGAGGUUGCUCGGUAUCUAUUUCAUUUCCUCCAAGGAGUUUCUGGAGAAUGCCUAUGUGCUGGCUGUGCUGCUCUUCUUUGCCCUUCUCCUGCAGAGGACCUUCCUCCAGGCCUCCUACUAUGUGGCCAUUGAAACAGGCAUCAACCUGCGUGGGGCCAUACAGACAAAAAUCUACAACAAGAUCAUGCGUCUAUGUACCUCCAAUAUGUCAAUGGGCGAGCUGACUGUCGCUCAGAUCUGCAACCUGGUUGCCAUAGAUACCAACCAGCUCAUGUGGUUCUUCUUCCUCUGUCCUAACCUGUGGGCCAUGCCAGUACAGAUUAUUGUGGGAGUGAUCCUGCUCUACUACCUCUUGGGAAUCAGUGCCUUGAUUGGAGCGACCGUCAUCGCUGUGUUGGCUCCUGUACAAUACUUUGUGGCAACAAAGCUGUCUCACACACAAAAGAGCACUCUGGACUACUCCAGUGAGCGUCUGAAGAAGACCAAUGAGCUUCUGCGGGGCAUCAAGCUGCUGAAGCUAUACGCCUGGGAGCACAUUUUCUGUGACAGUGUGGAGGAGACCAGGGGCAAGGAGCUCACCAGCCUGCAGGCCUUCGCUCUUUACACAUCCAUAUCCAUUUUCAUGAAUGCAGCUAUUCCCAUCGCAGCUGUAUUGACGACGUUUGUGGUUCAUGUUCACAUCUCAGAGGACGCUGAUCUGUCCCCAGCUGUGGCCUUUGCCUCUUUGUCCCUCUUUCACAUCCUGGUCACCCCCCUCUUCCUGCUCUCCAGCGUGGUGCGCUCCACCGUCAAGGCCCUUGUUAGCGUUCAGAAACUCAGCGAGUUUUUCUCAAGCGAUGAGAUUGGAGACGAACAGGAGCCCAGAGCGAUGUUAACCUCUGACUCCAGUAAUCACAACCAAAAUAGAUAUCAGGCUGUGCCCUUGAAGGUGGUGAACCGGAAGCGCCCCCCGAGGGACGACUGGAACAACUACAGCUCACAGGGGGACCAUGAGGGCAACCGACCCUCCCAAGACGUGGACCAAGACAUUUGUAUCAAGAUAAUCAACGGUUAUUUCACCUGGACCGAUGGACCACCAACACUUUGCAAUGUGGACAUCAAGAUUCCCUUUGGUAAGCUCACUAUGAUUGUGGGCCAGGUGGGUUGUGGGAAAUCGUCUCUGUUGCUAGCAGCGCUGGGAGAGAUGCAGAGAGUAUCAGGAACAGUCUUCUGGAACAGCCUGCCAAACCUGGAGUCUGAGGGAGAUGAAAGUCCCACAGACAGAGAUGCAGCAGGUGACGGCGACAUCAGGAAGAGGAGUGCUGUGGCCUAUGCUUCCCAGAAGCCCUGGCUGUUGAACGCCACCUUGGUGGAGAAUAUCACCUUUGAGAUGCCCAUGAUAAAACCAAGAUACAAAGCUGUGAUCGAGGCCUGCUCUCUCCAGCCUGACAUCGACAUCCUUCCACAGGGGGACCAGACAGAGAUCGGAGAGCGGGGCAUCAUCCUGUCUGGUGGGCAGAAACAACGGAUCAGUGUGGCCAGAGCCUUGUACCAGCAGACCAAUGUGGUCUUUCUGGAUGAUCCAUUCUCUGCCUUGGACAUCCACCUGAGUGACCAUCUGAUGCAGGACGGCAUCCUGAAGCUCCUGAGGGAGGAGAAGAGGACGGUGGUGUUGGUUACACACAAAUUACAAUAUCUACCACACGCAGACUGGAUUAUUGCCAUGAAAGAUGGCACUAUCCAGACUGAAGGGACUCUGAAGGACAUCCAGAACGCUGAGCCUGAACUCUUCGAGCAGUGGAAAACCCUGAUGCACAGACAGGACCAGGAGUUUGAGAAGGAGACGGUGGCAGCCAGUAUGACAGACCUGGAGAGGAAAAACCUGCGGAGGGCCAUGUACUCCAGAGAGGCCGUGAGGACUGAGGAGGACGAGGAAGAUGGCACCCCGGGUUGGACUUGUGGGAUGGCUCCAGCCUUCAUACUCGAUCGAGCAGAGGAAUCUGUGGAGAGCGACGACGACGACAGCCUGUCGCAGGUGAUGCGUCAGCGAGCCACCAUCCCCUGGCGCUCCUGUGGCACCUACCUGUCCUCCGCCGGGCUCCUGCUGCUCACUCUGCUCCUCCUGUCACAGCUACUCAAACACUCCCUCAUGGUCGCCAUCGACUACUGGCUGGCACACUGGACGUCGCACGUCAUCACGGCCAAGAUAGAGGCCAUGGCUCACAAUUGCACUGCUGCUCAGAACUGUGGCUUCAGUCACUCGUGGUAUCUGUCGGUGUUCAGUGUCCUGUGCUGCCUGGGCAUCGUCCUGUGUCUGGCCACCUCUGUAGCAGUGGAGUGGACCGGCCUCAAAGUGGCCAAGGAGCUCCACCACAACCUGCUCAACAAGAUCAUACUGGCCCCCAUGAGGCUGUUUGAGACGACUCCGCUCGGCAGCAUCCUCAACAGGUUCUCCACCGACACAAACACAAUCGACCAGCACAUCCCGACCACCCUGGAAUGCCUCUCCCGCUCCACCCUGCUGUGUGUGUCCGCCCUGGGAGUCAUCUCCUACGUGACCCCAGUAUUCCUCAUCGCCCUCCUGCCACUGGCCGUCGCCUGCUACUUCAUCCAGAAAUACUUCCGUGUGGCCUCCAGGGACCUGCAGCAGUUGGAGGACAGCACCCAGCUCCCUUUACUGUCCCACUUCUCAGAGACAGUGGAAGGUCUCACCACUAUCAGGGCCCUCAGGUAUGAGCCCAGGUUCAGACAGAGGUUACUACAGUUCACUGAUGCCAACAAUAUCGCAUCUCUCUUCCUCACGGCGGCCAAUCGGUGGCUGGAGGUCCGCAUGGAGUACAUUGGAGCCUGUGUGGUGCUGGUGGCAGCUGUAGCCUCCAUCACCAACUCCCUCUACAACCAGCUGUCCACUGGUCUGGUGGGGCUGGGACUGACGUACGCACUCAUGGUGUCCAACUACAUGAACUGGAUGGUGCGUAACCUGGCAGACAUGGAAGUACAGCUUGGCUCAGUCAAGAGGAUUAACGGCCUGCUGAAAACUGAACCGGAGAAUUAUGAGGGUCUGCUCACCGUGUCUCAGGUCCCUGACGGCUGGCCCCGACAGGGAGAGAUCAAGAUCCAGAACUUGAGCGUCCGCUACGACGCCACGCUGAAACCCGUGCUGAAAAAUGUCAAUGCGCACAUCAACCCGGGACAGAAGGUGGGGAUCUGUGGCAGGACAGGCAGCGGCAAAUCCUCUUUCUCUUUGGCGUUCUUCCGCAUGGUGGACAUGUUUGAAGGGAGGAUCGUGAUUGAUGACAUAGACAUCGCAAAGCUGCCUCUGCAGACCCUCAGGUCUCGCUUGUCCAUCAUCCUCCAAGACCCUAUCCUGUUCAGCGGCACCAUCCGGUUCAACCUGGACCCAGAGAUGAAGGCUACAGAUGAGAUGCUGUGGGAAGCUCUGGAGAUCGCUCAGCUGAAGCCUGUUGUUAAAUCACUUCCAGGAGGCCUGGAUGCCAUAGUGACGGAGGGAGGGGAAAACUUCAGUCAGGGUCAGAGGCAGCUGUUCUGUUUGGCCAGAGCCUUCGUCAGGAAGAGCAGCAUCCUCAUCAUGGACGAGGCCACGGCGUCCAUUGACAUGGCAACGGAGAGCAUCCUGCAGAAAGUGGUGAUGACUGCUUUUGCUGACCGCACAGUAGUUACUAUAGCGCACCGCGUCCACACCAUCCUGAAUGCCGACCUGGUGAUUGUGAUGAAGCGGGGCAUCAUCCUGGAGUACGACAGACCCCAGGCCCUGCUGGACACGGAGGACAGCGUCUUUGCCUCCUUCGUGCGAGCAGACAAGUAGCACGAGGAGAGAAGAGAAGGAGCAUUAAAGGAAGACAUUCGAAGUGCAAUUGUCCCAUGGAAUAUAUUCCUUUUAUUUUUUAAUCAUGUUGUAUUAUAUUUGUACAUAAAAAAUGUUAAUUCUUUGUUAAUAAAACAUAAAUUAUAAAUAAA